AUAACUUUUCCGGUUCAAUGACCGGUCGGUUUUUAAAACAUUGCUUUUUAUUGUUAGAAAUUCUUCCUUCAAAGCCAUUUGCAUAAUGUCCUUUUUCUUGAACACUCACGUUCUGGUAAUUGUUCUUGAUUUGGUCGCCUUCAUAUGCUAAAGGUUAAGGGAUUUUUAAAUGUUGUCCAUGGUGAUGAGAUCUAGGAAUAUUUUUCUUUUUCAACUUUCUCCAGGUCUUUGAAUAUAUUUUCUUUUUGAAGGGCACCUAUGUGUUUUGUUUGUGAAUAUUCCUAAGCAUGCCGAUAAGAUCUAAGAUUGUCUCCUUUAGAGUUCACGAUGUCCCUUUGUCUUCAGCAAAUUGGUUUAUGUACGAGAUUUCGAGGAAAUUUCUGCUGUAGACGAUGAGACGCAACAUAGAUAAGGGGCUCCUGGUGGUUGUAGCUGCAACCACCACUGCUCAUUUCAUCAAGUUGUGGCAGUGGAAUGGCAGACAAAUUGGGUUCUGCUGGAUUCAUUAUCUGCUCCAAAUGGCCAAGAAUGUUGAUUUUGUCACCCCUUCACAAGGGACAAUGUGUUCCAUGGUCAAAACUAUGCCCUCAUUCCGUUCAUGCUUUCCAGAGGCAAAAUCUACAGAUUGUAGCCCUUUACCGCAUAUAAGUCAUGCAGCACAACCAUUGCCAUCACUACCGGAAGCUGCCUCAAGUAACCGGCACUUUACAUUUCAACCUGAUGUCGUAAUAGACAUUCCCACUGCAUAUGGAUAUUAUAUAAGUAAUGUACCAAAUGAACGUCCUGGUGUUAGUAACCAAGGCCGGGAUGAAUAUGGAAGUUCACCUCUUGCUGCUGCUGCUCAUUCAGGGGAAGUUAGCAGUGGUUUCAGGACUAAUGCUCGUCUGCAUCUUGCUGCACUCAGUGGUGACUGGGAUGUUGCCGAGAGAAUCUUUGAGUCAGAUCAUCAGGCUGUGAGAGCAAGGAUCACAAGGGCUCAAGAGACACCUCUUCACAUUGCAGCUGGGGCUAGACACCUAACCUUUGUUGAGAACUUAGUAAGGAUGAUGACCCCAGCUGACCUGGCACUACAGAACAAAGUUGGAAACACAGCCCUAUGUUUCGCUGCUGUAUCUGGUGUGACAAAAAUUGCAGAAGUGAUGGUAAACAAGAAUAAAAGAUUGCCACUGAUCCGAGGUAGUGAAGGAGCAACACCUCUCCAUAUGGCUACUUUGUUGGGCCACAGAGAGAUGGUUUGGUAUCUUUAUAAUAAGACAGAUAGCAACCAUCUAACAGAUGAAGAUCAUCAUGGGCUUCUUAUUGCGGCUAUCACUUCUGAUCUAUUUGAUGUAGCCUUGAAGAUAGUUCAGAAACAUCCUAAAAUAGCUACAGCUAGAGGGAGAAAUGGAGAGACUGCUCUUCAUAUACUGGCCCGGAAGCCUUCAGCAUAUCAGAGUGGAAGUCAGCUAGGAUUUCUGCAGAGAUGCAUUUAUGCAUGUCUUCAUGUGGAAUUGUCAGGCAACUCUUCUGUGAUCCAUAAAGUUCCCUUCAUCAAGGUAGUUUAUGACCAAAAAUUGAUGCAUAUUCAAGCCCUUGAGCUGGUGAAGUGCCUCUGGAGUGAAGUUCUUUUAAUGAAUGAGUUACAGGUUGGAGAACUGAUUAGAACACCUUCACGGUUAUUAUUUACUGCUGCAGAAUUGGGAAUCGUAGAGUUCUUAAUUGAGCUUAUUCAUGCAUAUCCUGAUCUUAUUUGGAAAGUUGAUACACAAAGUCGGAGCAUAUUUCAUAUUGCAGUUCUGCAUCGACAAGAAAAGGUUUUCAAUCUCAUACAUGAAAUAGGAGCACUCAAAGAUUUGAUAGCGUCUUAUAGAGAUGAAAACAAUAAUAAUAUGCUUCAUUUGGCUGGAAAACUUGCACCAUCAGAUCGACUCAAAACUGACUCUGGUGCAGCAUUGCAGUUGCGGCGAGAAUUACAUUGGUUCAAGGGUCCAGCUCACAACCAGCUAGCAAAAAAGGUAUGUUGGAGAGAAAUGAUACUGGGAGUCCACUUAUGCAAUAAAUAUAUCAAAGCAGAGGGCCCCUCAAGAAUCUUUUAUAAGUUGGAGGGCUGAGAAAGCAUCCAAAGAAUAAGGCUUUUUCCUUUUCUUUUUAACACAUUUGGUCGCAGUGGGAAUCAUUCAUUGACGAGACUGACGCUAAUGCUAGCUGCUGCUGCUUCAAACUCAGAGCAACACAAGUUCUACAAAGUCUCAAUCUGAUCUAAUACUGAAGGUUUGGAAUCUCACCUGCUUCCUUUCUUUUAUCAAAUUCCAAGUGUUUUUUCUUCAGAUUUGGUCUAAAUUCCAAGAAUAUCUUAGAAAUUUCAACAAGAAAUGAUCCAGUGCCGAGAAAGGGUAUUUUUGAGAUAAGAUUGAUUAGAGUAAGGAGAAGUCAUAGAUCUUAUUUACUACAAGCAGAUGAUAGUCGACUGGUUAUUAGAUGAAGACGGUGACCUUGAACUUGGUAUAAUUUUUCUAGUUGGCCUGGGGGGCUUUGGGAAACCAAUAUUUACCUGUGUCUGGUUCAACCUGGAUCAAAGGAGCCAUUGCUUGAAAAAAAAUAUUUGCUUUUGUCGGAUGAUGUAUGGAACAGUACAACUAUCAACCGUUCAUUUACAUCAGAUCCUUUUGAAAUAGGGGCACAAGGAAGCAAAAUCACACUUAUUUGCAAGAGGUGAUCAACUUUUUUAAAAAUUUUUAAAAAAUAAAAUCAUGAAUUGAAAUUGUAAGACUAAGAAGUCGUAAAAUAGAAGUAGUUAGGAAAAGAACCGUAAAGAUGUAUAGAAGUUUUCCUUCAACUGCCAAAGAUGUAUGGAUGGAAACGUGUCAAAUAGGAAAUUGUGGGAAUUGCUGCUGCGUAGCACUCUCUGCAUUGUUUUUGAUGUAUUGAAAUUGGAAAGAAGAAAUUAAUUGCUUUCGAGGAUGUAUGGAAAGGAUUCCUUUUGAAUUAGGAUGAAAGCCGGUGUUAUAAAGUUGGUUGGGAUGCCUUCACAGCCUUGUUUCCAGUAGCCAGGAAGACAUGGCACUUGACAAUAUUUCAUGAAG